UUCCUCCGCCCCUGAGGCGCUCUGAGGCGGGGCUGGUUCAGCGCUGGCGAUGGCACGGGUAUCACCUGCGGGAUCGGCUCCGGGAUCUCCCCGGCUGAACGGGCCGUCCUGGGUUGCCAGUCCCGCCGGGCACCGCCCGGGCAGCGCUGCCGACCCCACGCGGCUGCCGCUGGACCGGGCCUUCCCCCGCUCGGCGUGGUGCGCGGUGAAGAUCGCCCGCACGCUGGUGGCGCUGGCCGCCUUCAUCUGCUUCCUGACCGCGGGCGAGCAGGUGUUCUACACGGUGUAUGCCGGCCUGCAGACGGUGACAACCGUCUUCUUCCUGCUGCUCUACCUGGUGAGGCUCGACGCGCGGAUGCGGUGCCGCUACUGGCUGCAGGCUGAUAUUUUGAACUCGGUGACUUCAGUGAUGUUUCUCACGCCUGUGGGCUUGACUGCAGUAAAAAUCACGACCAACAAGGGGAUAAUGGCUGGAGGAGUGUUGAGUCUUAUAUUGCUUGCUCUCUACCAUGUUGACAUGUUUCUUCUUUGGAAGAAGAUUAGCCAGCUUGAGAAAGCAAGAGGAAGGAGUGCUGCCAAAUAAGAUUGAUGUAUUAGUGAAAGAAUGAGUUCUCCAUCCCGUUUCCCCACUGUCUUUUAAAGAAUUUGUAUUUUCACAUGCUCGAUUUUGAAUUUCUAAACUUAAUUGUGUUUUUACCUGUACGAAAAUUAUUUUCAUGGUUGUCUUCUUUCUCUAAUAAAAAAGAAAAUAAAAACGA